AUGAACGAUCCAGCAUCGUAUUCCGGCUUUUACCCACCAGAGCAGGACCCUGCGUAUAACAUUUCCUAUGCGACGCCGCAGAUGAGCCCUUAUCAGGUUGUGCACAACGGCCCUCAAACGCGCCAGCAUGUUACCCAGCACGUAGCACAAGGAAUGCCCAUCACUGAGCUGCAGCAGUCGCCAAUGCCCUCGUACCACAACAUGCCGCUUAUGUCCCAUCAAUAUCAAGGUUACCCCUCUUCCGAGGCGCCGCAUGUCAUUCCUACCUCUCCCCCUCCGCCCUCGCCUGACCUCUACGACCCUUUGUCUCCUCCAGUCUCCGGAUCAGACACUUCUGCUGACGGCAUCUACCACCACCACACUAGCAGCAACAACUCGCCCUCUUCUUCUCGUGCCAACAGUCUAGUCCACCGGUCCAACAUCCGUUACAAUCCCACUCCAUCCCCGACCAGCUCUUCCGGUCGCCGAAGUCGUGGCUCACGUUCCCAGGACUCUGACGACGAAGAAAUGGGUGUCCUCUUUGCCGAGAACCUUGCUCACUCCAGGAAGGAGGCUACCAGGCGCCAGCGUAUCGAGGCAGAGCAGCGGAGGCGCGAUGAGCUUCGCGAUGGCUAUGCCAAACUCAAGGACGUGCUCCCUGUGUCCAACCAGAAGAGCAGUAAGGUUUCGCUCCUAGAUCGAGCCACCCAAUACAUCACUUCUCUCGAAAAGACCAACCAGGAUCUCCAAGCUCGAAUCACUCAGUUGGAGCAAGAGAUGCAAAGGCUGCGUUCUCUCAACGAGAAAAUGUCGCUUGGUGACACCCCUUCUCCCGGUGUAUUUGAUGCUAGGCCAUUGUCCCCCCCUCCCGACGUUCCCAUCGCUGCGCACACCCUGAACAAUGUUCGAGCGCAGGAUCCUUCAUCGGGAGAGUCAAGUCCGUCUGCAUCAGACGACAAUGGCUACUGA